AUGUCCUUAAAUCCGCUUAAUGAACUUAAGCGUAGAUUAGAAGAUGAUAGUACUCCUUUGCCUAAACGGCUAUGUCUUGCAAAAAAUGUUAUAUAUUCAGCACACUUUCCCGCUGCUCCUAAGGAGAGAAUUGUUGCAGACUGGUUGGAGAAUAUAAUAGACACAAAUGGCUUUACAAAUAAAGAAAUAAAAGAUGUUAUUGGAUGGCUUCAGUUUUCCGAUGACUUAACAAAUGACCUGAAAUGUAGACUGAUCAAGGUGGUUUCACAGUACCUACGAAAUGACAUUCUCCCAGAAGAAUGUGUGGAAACAUAUGGAAAAUGGACAUCAGAGCUGAUGUUUAGGCAAAAUAAAGGAUUACUGACAUCUUUACAGAAGGAUUUGGAAGAAAACUGCCUAAUGAUGCUUGAAGAGGGUUUCGUCAGCCCUUCAAUCAUUACCCUGACGGAAAUAAUGUCCGCCAUUUUGUCUAGUUUCUUUAGAUUUUGCAAAAUGGCGGAUCAUACAGUACCUCAACCAGUGGCCGAGGAAUUUUGGUCGUCUUUUGAGAAGUUCGAACACGAGUGCUUAAAGAAAUUUGGCGAAUGUGUUUUGAAACUCAACUAUAACCCGCCAUUGGUGUUAUCGUUCCUGAAGCUUUGCUUGAGCUACUCCCAGUUAAAACUGCUGAACUUGAAAUAUGGCAACACAAGGCAAAAAGAGACGGAAAUAACUGGUACAAAUGAAGUCCUCGAUAUUAGCGCAAUCUUGCCUUGUUUGAAUUGCGACCAAUGGACUUCACUCGCGCAAAUGAUACGCGAAGACGAAUCUGUUAUAAUUUGGGAUAAUUUGCUUCUUAUAAAAACGAUGACAAUCGAAUUGUUCAACGCCAAUGACCCAGAGAACUGUCACAGUCAUAUUGUCACAGAAAUCAAGACGCAUCUAAUAAAGCAGCUGUCCGCAUGUCCAGACGUUAUUUCGAAUAACUCCUAUUAUACUAGAGGACUGUUCGCUAAUUUGGAUGCUAACCAAGUGAAAUACCUAUCGAAGGCACUAGUAAAACUUUAUGUGAAGGGCGAACGAUAUAAUUUGUUCAAGGAUGUUGCCAUAACGAGAAACGGCGCUCUAUCGAACGCGCUCCUUAUCGAAACGUCGAAAGCUAUGUUAAAAUUUUUCGACAACAGCAACACGCUCACUAAAGCGAUGAGUAAAGUCGAGUUCGACAUUGUCAAAUUCCUUGAAACUGUCAAUGUCAAAGACUACUUCAACAGUCUGACAAUGAACGCUGACGAUGAGUUAGAAAUAAUCAAAUACUUGGACAUUAUGAGAGACCUGCAGAUAUACAACCUCGAAGAGAGGUGUCAGUUGGCGGCAAUCUUCGCUCUGUUGUCUACGAAAAAGUGUUGCCAGUCUAAAAAAAUUCGCCGAAACGUCGACAGAAUUCUUCAGGCGAUUUUCGAACUCGGCCCGAAAUGUCCGGAUUUGUACAAGAUAUUCCCCGUCGAUUUCAUAUUCGCGUUCGAAGACGGCACGAUUCUCGAUCUGUUGACUUUAUCGCUGAAAUCUACGAACGGUUCUUUGAUCAUCAAAUGCCUGUUAGAGUCCGCUGUGAAGAAAGUGAAGAGCGAUAGUGAAAUCGUUGAAAGCUUAGUGGGGAUCCUCCUCUCGAGGGAAUCCCUGAACAGAAUCACCAGCGUGGAGCACUUUGGCGAUGUGGUAUUCCAACUUCAGUGCACGAUACUGCCGAUAAUUGCCAAAGAGAAAAAGGCCAUAACGACGAGCGCUUUUAGGUCUAUAUUGGCUAAUCUGCAGGAGAAGCUACACCAGGCAAUGCUCGAUGCGUUCAUACGCGUCGAUUUCACCAAAAACUGUGGUUCCGAUAACGACUCGAUUGCGGCAACACUGAACGCCAUCGGCGCGUAUUCGCUGACCCUGCUGAAGUAUUGCGAGCUGACAGACGCCGAGGAGAUAAAGAAGCUGGAUUGUCUAUGGUCCGGCUUGGAGUUCUUCGUUCGGAGCGCCAUAAAGGCUGUCGAGGAUCCGGGAACCAAACAGCACCACGUGGACACGUCCAUUCAGCUCCUGAACAUUGUUCUGCGUCACAGCAAGAAGUUGGAGACACACGAUUUGUACCGGGACAAAGAGGCGCUCCACAGGCAAAUAUGGCGGUGCACCAAAGCCAGGGCGCUCGUAGUCUUCGGUGGGAAGUCCAGGAGACCGAAUGACGGUCUACUGGAGGCGAUGGCGGUGACCUUGAAGCAUCUCGCCGAGGUCGCCUCGCUGGAUUGUUUCUCGACGCAGUUCGUCGGCGACGUAAUAAGUCUGGCGGCCUUGAAGAAACCCUCGGUGAUACUAAAAAGCGAGACCGUAACCGACUCGCAGCUGACUUCGCACCGCACUGCCAGAUACCUCCUGCAGCAAUGCCUCAGGGCGAACAUAGUCGGGCCGAAAUGCGCCGCCCUAUCCAAGCAAAUGUACCGCGCCUGCAAAGCCCUGAAGCUCUGGAUCCGGCGCCAUUACGGCGGCGAGCGGAAUAACAAGAUGGCGGCUGGCGGCCCGCUCGAAAACAAGAUGGCAGCUGACAGCGCGCCAGAAAACAAGAUGGCGGCGCAUCCGGAUUUAAAUGUAGAAUCUGGACGCGUUCAGUCCAUUGUGAAGGUGCAGGACGCAGUCUGCGAGAUUCUGAGCGUCGAUCUGGAUAUGGUGUCGGAGGUCGUGUUGGCGGCGAAGAAGAUGCCCCUCGACUACAGAUUCCUCGACGCGAUAUUCGAGCUCCAGCACGUGGUGCAAUACAUAUUGGGCCGUGGCACUAUCGACGCAAGGUGCGAAAUCGGUUGGCGCGCGUUCUUCUCUCUCCACGAGGGCUGUAUGCACGUGCUGAACAAUUUGCUGCUAUCCAGAGAGGAACUUUUGGAGGACAGAUGGCCGUGUUACAUGCAGUGCUACAAAGCCCUGAUUCUGUGCCUCUGUGAGAGAGCCGCAUCCCUGGAAAAGACGGACAUGUCGUCAGAGCACAAGAUGGCGGAGACAGCACAUUCUAUCGAGAAAUUGACCCAGUCGAUAUGCAAACGCAAGGCGCACGUAUCCCGCAUCGCGGCUUACGCGGUAGCGGACAUCUGCGCAUGGUUGGAGAGGACGGCCCCGCCGAAAUCCGUUAGGCAGCAUCUCGAGAAUUCCGUCGCCCUGUUGAUACAGACCUCCGACUCUACUUACGCGAUGGCGUUCCUCAAGAGGGCAUUGGCCGGCUCCAUCGGCCAGAUGACAUUGGCCAACAUGUAUUCGAUGUACAAGAGAUACCACAAAUACGUCGGUAACGCC